AUGGCGUCCAUGCAGAAGAGCCGAGAGGAGCGCGCGGAGGCGGCGGCGCACAAGGCGGCCGACGAGCUGCACGCGGCGAGGCGGGAGGGCCUGCAGGAGCCCGGCGGCGGCGGCGGAGGAGGAGGGGGCAUGAUGGAGACCGUGCAGGAGAGCGCGCGGUCCCUCCUGGGCGCCGUCCGGGACAAGAUCUCCGGGCCCGGCAGUGGCGGCGGCGCGACCGCGGAGGAAGGGAAGGGGAUGGCGGACGCCGCUGCGGAGAAGGCCGCCGAGGCGAAGGACUUCGCGGCGGGCAAGGCGGAGGGAGCCGUGGAGCGCGCGGCCGACGUGAAGGAGCGCGCGCGGCGCACGAUCGCCGGCUCCGCCCCCGGGAGGAAGGGGGAGACGAACGAGUCCGCGUGGCAGCAGGGGGAGGACGUGCGGCGGCGCGCGGCGGAGAAGGCGGAGGAGGCGCGGCGGAGCUCGCAGCACGAGCCGUCUGUGGAGGAGAAGGGGCGGGCGGCGACGGAGAACAUCUACGGGUCCGCGGCCGACGCGACGGAGGCGUUCAAGCAGAAGAUGACGAUGCCGGAGGACGUGGUGGAGCAGAAGCAGCGCGCCGUGGCCGCCGGCGGCAAGGGAGCUGGCGCCACGACGGCGACGGCGACGACGACCGGGAGGAGCAGCGGCGGCGAGGGUGAAGCGGAGGACGUGAUGCUGCGGGUGAAGGCGGCGGACCAGAUGACGGGGCAGGCGUUCAACGACGUGGGCAAGAUGGGCGAGGAGGGCACCGGCAUGGAUGGCGCCGGAGCUCGGCGCGGGCACUGA